GUCCUGCCUUGGAUUUCUCCUCCCGCCAGCGUCUGGCUUUGGGCUUCCCAGCCUCCCUGACAGCUGCCUUGGACUUUGCCGCGCCCUCACGCUGUCCGAACUCACAGCUCACCAACGGGCCGAGCGAGCCUGGCUGGCCGGCUGCUGGGCGCGUGCCGUCCUUACGGCAGAGGCGGACCGACAUGAUCCGACCCCGCCUAUUGGACUUUCUUCUCGUUACUACUGCAUCCUGCGAGCCUCGGGUCGCGAGAGCCCGGCGGUGGUCUCUUCCCUGGCUGCCUUCAGGCGAAUCGUUGGCCCGGACUUGGGCACUUCGGUCACCCACGACUUCCCUUCGACUUCUGAGUGUCGGGUCUUCUUUGCGGAGGAGCUGGAGCAAGGCCACCAGGCGGAGGAGGCCGAGGGGAUUGGCCCUUCCCUUUCGCACGGCUCCUUCACGGGACAACACCUCUUUCAGGAUGAUCGCCUGGCAGGCCUGUUCCAGCAGCCGGCCAGCAUACCAGGCAGCAGCCUUCAGACGUUUUCGCCGCUGGCCGAACAGCGAUGGAUCACUGUGGCAUUAGCCUUUGUCAAGGAACUCGAGACGAUUUCCGUGAGGAGGGCCGAAGUUGCCCCCAAGCAAAAGUCGCCUGCAGUGCCGCCCGCUUUGCCAAAGCCCGAUCCUCCGGACCAACUUUCUCGAAAGCAGCAGCGCGCGGCGGCCUGGGCUGCCAAAAAGGCCACGGAGGCGAAGAAGUGA